AUGUGCUUUGCCGGCGAACGCUCGCCAGGUUGGCUCUUUGGCCUUUGCUGGAGCAAGCACGCAGCGCCUGGUGAGCCUUCCAAGCAGAGGUGUCAGCUUCGCCUUGCCAGGGACUUCCAUCGGGGAGAUCUGAUUGGUGCUGGAAGCUACGGUUGUGUCUUCGCAGCGCGGCGGAAGACGACGGGGGAGAUCAUGGCCGUCAAGGAGAUGCUCCUCGACCGGGCUGGGAUCACCAAGGAGGAGCGCAGCGAGCGGCUCGUGAAACUGACCCGCGAACUGCGGCUCUGCGAGCAGCUGGAGCACCCCUUUAUUGUCAGCUACUUUGGCCACGAGUUCGUCAUGGGAGCUCAGGGUGGCCCCGAGAAGCUGCACCUUUUUCUAGAGUACUGCAGCGGCGGAAGCCUGGCUGCGCAGCUUCGGACUUAUGGGCCCGUGAGCGAGGAACUUCUGAGGAAGUACACGAGACAGCUUGUCGGCGGCCUUAUGUACCUGCACUCCCGGAGCCCGCCGGUGGUCCACUGCGAUCUCAAAUGCGCCAACGUGUUGCUAACGCACAGCGGAGACGUCAAGAUCGCAGACUUCGGCUGCUCCAGGUGGAUUCAGCCUGGUGAGGCCAUGCUGGAGAACUCGGUCGCGGGCUCCGUCUUCUGGAUGGCGCCCGAGCUCUUCCGAGGGCGUGGCAAGUUGACGACAACUUCAGAUGUUUGGUCCCUGGGCUGCUGUGUCCUGGAAAUGGCCACUGGUAGCCCUCCUUGGGUCGAGCGACGUUUCGACAACAUACUGCAGGCUUGCCAUGUCAUUGCAAACACGGAAGAGCUGCCAGCCAUCCCGACGGAGCUGUCCAAACAGGCCUCGAUGCUGAUCUGCACCUGCUUGAAGCGAAAUCCGCAAGAGCGGCCAACUGCGCAGGAACUGAACAAGAGCAAGAUGCUGCGUGUCUGA